AUGGACAACCCUCCACACAUGCUGGUGGCAGAGUUCUACUCGGACACGGGUUGGAGUAUCGAUAAGCUCAAGCAAUGGGUCCUGGACCACGUUAUUGCGCGGAUUGGCCAGCAGUGGCUGUUCCCUGAGCUUGCGGAUGACAUGGUUUGGAUCCCCUCUGCAUCUAGGCAUUUUUCUGUUAAUUCUACUUGGGAAUGUCUCCGGCAGACCAGGAGUUCCGCGACGUUAUUUCGCAUGAUUUGGAAUGAAAUUCUGCCACUUAAAGUCUCUUUUUUCGCCUGGCGGGUGUUGCACAAUUGGCUGCCGCUAGAUGCUACUAUCAGGACUAGGGGUGUAGUGCUGGCAUCGUGUUGUCAUUGUUGUCGCCAAGAGGAGGAAUCGCUCAAUCAUCUGUUCCUUCAGGGACCAGUUGCGUCAAGGGUAUGGGAGCACUUUGGACGCCGAUUUGGCAUCUUGGAUGUGGUGCGUUACUCACUAUCCUCGGUGUGGAUGUCAUGGAAUCGAGCCCGGUUUGAGAAUCUAGCUUUUGAUGCCCAGCAGGUCAUUGUCAUGAUUAAUAGUUUUGUCGAUCAGUUGGGGGCCGCUGGGAUUCUUAAAGCCCCGCCCUUCAAGGGGGAUAGCGACGUCCCGUGGGCUGCUUGGGUGGGUCGGAGAGCAAGGCGGGUUGAAUGUCGAGCGGUGUCCUGGCAGCGCCCACCUCUGCAUCACUAUAAGCUGAAUACAGAUGCCAUUGUGUACCAGGGGCGAGCGUCGGGUGGAGGACUCCUCUGCGACACGAGUGGGAACUUGAUUUUUGCCUUCUAUAAAGAAUUUGGAGAGGCAAAUGUUUUAAUGGCUGAAAGUUUGUCAUUGUUACAUGGACUUUUGUUAUGCUCGGAAUGGCAUGUCCAAAACUUGCUGGUGGAGGUAGACUCCGAGCUUUUGGACUCCUCUUCACCAAUAAGGCAUGUUUUUAGGGAAGGUAAUGGUACAUCAGACAAGUUGGCAGGCCUGCGACUGCCGAAUAACUCUUUCUUUCCCUCCUAUCUGCAUCUUUCUGUGUCGGUUAGAACAUCUCUACUUCUAGAUAGCAGGGGGUUUCCGCAUGUUCGUCUUUGCACGGGGCUGUAA